UAGUAAUUGAGACUUAUACAAUGAACGAACAUGUUAACUGUGAAACAGCUUUAAGCUGCUCUAAUUCGUUAACGACAUAUUCGCGGGAGCCACUUAAGCGAUGGGCUUAUUUACCAGGGGAGCUUCUUCCCGACUUGUCAAGGCAAGUUGGCGAAAAGUUGGAGGUUUUUGUUUCAUCAAAGUAUAUAGUUUCCUCUAAUCCAAAAGUUGUUAAUUGCUUGCUUUUUGGAUCUGAUAUAUAUACGGAUGAUUCUGACAUUGUUGCCAUUUUGGUCCAUUUAGGAAAGGUCAAAUUAAGCGAUACGCCACCUAGUUAUGAUUAUCUUGUGACUCUUGAAGUACUCCCGCCUUUACCAGUUUACGUUUCAACUUCUCGUGGAAUUACCUCCAGAUCUUGGGAGGUUGGGCAUGAAGGCUGCAGCAUUAAAUUAUGCGAUCUUCAAAUAUAUCAAAGCCCAGAAGAAUUGGGAAGAAAGUCAAGCAAAAUAGCUAAAGCUGAAGGCGGAUCGAUCUCCUUUGGCGAAACUCAUGGCUGUUUUUUGCCAAGCUUAACGCUGGUGUCUUCUCUUUCAAACGAGCCAUGCUACAAAUUUUUAUUGAACACUGUCGCAGACAGAGGCACAACUCAAAUAUCGUUUACUUCUUAUCGCUUCAUACGCGAAGUUUUAUAUCUUGAAACAAGAUAUGAAAGAUUUGAGCUGUCUCUAAAUUAUGAGAAACUUGUACACGAAAUAGCUACUGGCCCUCCCUAUACACUCAAGGGGUGCGGGCAGGAUAUGCUUGGAACUUCCGGCCCAACAACCCACAAUAUAUUGAUACCGAAAGAAAGCGAGAAGGCUAAAAAUACGGUAAAUCUAUCCGUUUCAGUUCAAAACACUGCUGAACUAGCUCCUGAUUGUAGGGUUAGCAACAAGCUACUGCAAAAGUAUAAUAAAGAAUCUUCAAAGGAGCCACUUUAUAUGUGGGCAAAAGUGAAAAACCCCUACUACGUGGAUAACGAAGUUCUUACUGAAACUUGCCCACUUCCAGGAGAGAUCAAAGAAUGUAUUCAUGAGAACCUAACUUGGAAGGAUAUCUUUUGGUUCCACGAAGGCGUUUGCGUCAAUAAGAAAAAAUAUGUGCUCACUUGCGCGUUUUGGAGAAGAAGAAACUUAUAA